GAAGAAACCUUUCCCUCCAGUUCUUCUUCUGUCGUUAAGGGAGGACUUUAGGUUUUUCUAGUAUGGAUGUAGAAUUUUGUUUCUUGUCUUCAUUCUAGCAAAAGCCAGGAUACUCCUAUGUAUGGGUGAAAAAACUAUCACUUGAAUUUCUAAACCUAUGUUGAAUAUCUAUGCUUGAACUACAUCUUUCUACCGCUAAUCUCGCUCCGACGAAAGACUUACCUGAUCGCGUCCUACAACGACUGUCAGAGGUAUUCUCAGUCGCAAGGGAUGCUCCGAAAACAAAUUUGUGGACAGCGUUGCGAUCGACGAAUCAGGCGGCGCAACGAAAAUUAGAGGGCACGCAACAAGAAGCAGCAUCUUCUGCUGCAAUAAAUUAUGGCACUUAUAAUAGUAGGUGUAGGAGAAGUCAGACUCCUAAGGCAGCUCUAAACAAGGUUUGAUGGUACGUACUAGAAGUGCUCUAAAAUAGGUCUAACCUGUAUAAAUGGUAGUAGGGUCGUCCUUAACUUUUGGCUGCUCGCCUUACCCGUCAACUCACGGAUUCCGGUUUUCAAGUCUUCCUACCCACGAACAAUGAAGCCCUCUAACGCGAUCAUUCCUCGUCAGCUUCAGGCGGAUUUCGCUUUGCGUGCAUGAGUGAAGACCAGAGUGCGGAGCUACACCGAUUUCUCAGCAGCAGUAAUAGUGACUACAGUUUUUAAGGCUGCACUUGCAAGCAUCGCUCCAAAAAUAGAACUCACACUAUUUUAUCAAGCAUCAUCGCUCUAACACAUCUCAAUAUCGUCUUCUCUUGCUGACGUCUUUGCUAGUGAUGCGGAGCGGGAUGCUGGGAAGUCGGAGAAGAUUAAGAUUUGGGCAUCCACUGUGGUCCAACUGUUGUCCAGGUUGCAGGUUCUAGUACGAGAGGAAACACGAGAAGCGGUCAGGACGUAUGCUUUUUUCACUCAGACGUUGAAGUUAAGGAUACUCAGACGUUGAAGUCAAGGAUAUAUUAGAUUACGUUAUAAUCUCGUACACUGUAGAUGUAGUGGUCCUACUUCUAAGUGUGCGGACUAGUGAAUCUAUCACGUGGAUUUUCUAUUCGUGGUCCUUUGUAGCAAGUAGAGUCCGCAAAUAGAAAAAUGCGGAAAUAAAAAGUAGGCUAGUCCUUACAGAAAAAGUGGCGCAAGUGGUCGAGAAAUAUAAAGUGAUACAACUACACUACAAGUGCACUUUUAUAGUCAUACAACCGUACUACAAGUGAACUUUUAUAGUCAUACAACCGUACUAGUACAAGUGAACUUUUAUAGUCAUAAAUCGGUCUCCUGUGUUGAGCAAAAAGUUUUCUAAGAAAGCAGCUUGCUGGAGGUGUGGCUGCACCAAGAACAGCUGGCCAGGGGACUGUCUUAACUACUGGAGGAGGAGACGGCAAGUCUUCAGCAAAGAAAACAACCGACAAUCUUUAUUCGCUACCACCUUUAGAAUCAGUACUGGAUGAACCCGUAAUCGCAGUGGCGCAAAAAUCUUCGGAGAAAGCAUUGGGUAGGGAAGCACUUUUAUGAACAGGGUUUUUCUAGCUUUAAGGAAACCGUCAACGUCAUCAUGUACAGCCAACAAGGGGUGCUGUAUUGCGUCAUCAAUGAUGUGCAUCAUGUUCCUUCCCACUGUGAAAUUGAUAUAGGUACUAGAGAAAAUUGACGAAGGUAAUGAAUCAAGUCAUCAACCUUAAACUUCUAAGACUCUUAGAAACGGGAGACACAGGCCAAAGCUCCUCUGCGGGACAGGCCGUCGCUGAGUCAUCCGAAACUGUUCCUCAGCAACCUGAACAGCUUUCGUGUCCGGUGUGUUUAGUUAUGAGAAUUAUAUAUUGGAUGAUUAAAAACUUUUCGGCGAUCCCCAUUCGUUUUCAUAACAGGACUAAUGAUGGUACUCGAUGACUCAUAUCCGCCGAAUAUAACUCGAGCAGGACAUGAAUAUGAUCAUCAAAAAUGUUCGACAAAACCAAAGGCUCUAGUAACUGGCCUCUUCUUCUAAUUUGAAAUGCCCCAUCUUGCCUCGGGAUGCGGCCAUUACCUCUUGCGGACAUAGUUAUUGCACGGCGUGCAUAAAGGAGGUGCUGCAGCACAAAGCAGAGUGUCCGCAGUGCAGGGCGAAGCUUACAGCCAAAGACGUCUAUCCGAUGGAAAAUUGAGGCUACAUCACUGUGAAUCUCAAACAUAAACAAGAAGAGAACAAAUUGCUCGCUCGACUGAUGCCGCUAUGCGUGUUGCUCUUUCUGAAAUUGACAGAGUGCAGGGCCCGUUUACUUGUUGUUUCGCACAUGUUUUUAUCUUCGUAACUGAUGAACGUGAAAGCCGCUAUCUUCAUCCUCAUGUUUUCAUUUUGUGCUGAGUCAUGUCUUGCAUCUUCUCUACGCAUUGUUACGUCUUAUCUGGAAACCUCUAAGAAGAGGAACUGGUUGCGUUGACACGAGCACGACGAGAUGCCGAAUCGAGGGCGCUGGCAUCAGCAGGUUUGAGUUCUAAUGAAGCAUCUGCUGUAUCGCAACAACAAUUACGGAUUGAAGCAUUCCCAUUUCAUUUUUAUCUGCUAAUAUCAUUUUCGCAGGAAGAAGAACGUGAGAGAGCAGGAGCAACUUCUUCUAUUGUUUGAAAAGGAACCUAAAAGUUUAUCUUGCUAGCUAAGUUUCUAGGAGUAUCUUCUACGUAAAUAGCCACCUAUUUCAACUUGCACUUGCUACUUGCUCCUAUUAAAAGUAAAGUAAAGUUGUCCAUAAAGUCCUCCACAAAGCUCUAAAACAAGCCCGAACGGCCGCAGAGAUUGCGCAGCGACACGGUAGUAAAUUGGGAAAGGUGGUGGAAGUGUUGCAAAAGGGCAAAGUCGGACAGUGUUUACUUUUCGUACAAUGGAGCAGUCUAAAAACCAAGGUCAUGCAAGCUUUGAGCGACGCGAGAAUCGGCUUCAAAGUGUUGCGCGGGACUGCCGGUAUUUACGGAUAGGACAUACAACUAUUUUCUAUUCUUUCUUAAAAAGCUCCAGUAGUCGCCAUCCAAUCUAAUCUCUAAUCUAAUUCUAAGGUAACUUGAUUCAGUCGAAUCAACUAUCCAAUCUAACCUAAUGAGCAACUCUUCAAUCUAACCGUCUCUAAUCUAUGCUUGCUGACGAUCAGCAAGGACGUCCCGGAGGAUCGAGCACGGUAGCGAAUUCCAAUGUGUCCAAGAACCGCAUCUUCCGUCCAGGAGUGGAUACAUCGUUGGUUAAGCCUUAAAUGCUAUAAGGGAACAUGCAAAAGUGAAAAUAUGUCAUCUGUUGUUCUAUAGAGAUCAACUCUUUUUUUGUCUAAGGUCCACCUGAUUGAUAAAACAGCAUGGUGUUGUCCCGCCAUUUUGCUUGUGGUACUCAAUGGGGCACGAUGAUGAUGGUAAAUAGAAUGCUCGGCAGGAGCUCGCGAAGUAGAGCUGCUUUUUUUGGACUUUCACAAUAGAUUGAGAUGCUUUUUUUACCCUUUCUGUGUCCUAGAAUCUGAAGACGGGUCUCCAAGAAGCAGCUCAACAAAACCGUCUUACUCAAAAUUUACCUUUCUUCUCUUCCCGAAUCGGUAAGUCAAUUACUGAGUCACUGCUCUAACCUGUGUGACGAUGCUCGCGUCUUGAUUCUUUCGCUCGAAGACGAAGCGGCGGGACUGAAUUUAACUUUCGUUUCGCACGUGGUCUUUUUGCAUCCCAUGAACGCGCCGUCACUGAAUACCAGAAUCUUAAGGCAAGAACAUUUCUCUUUCUUAAGUAGAGUGCUUCUACUAUUUUUUCUCCCUUCUUCCUAUUGUCGAACUUACACCUACUACUUCCAUUUCUGUGAAAUGACCACGAAGGCACAAGUGAUGCACGAAGGUACAAGAAGGCUGAUAGGGUCUCCCCGUUGGUAUAUAGAGCAAUAAUUUGAGGCAUCCUGACAUGACACGAAGUGACGGGGGCAGCUAUCCUAUAUUAGUGAGGGUUCUUAUUCCUUUUCUAUCAUAUCCUAGUGACAUGUGGUAAGGGCGCCGCGAGCGCGACACGUGCGAGGCGAUAGGGUCACGCGAGAGCAUGAUAAUGACAAGCCUAUCUUAUCCCAUUUUAGUGAGGGCUCCUCCGUCAUUUUCUCCUAUUCUAGUGAGGGCUUCUGGAAAUGCUCUAAUCAUGAGCUGGGAGAUGCAGGCUAUUGGGCGGACAAGAAGAUUGGGGCAGAUGGCGAAAGAAAUACACGUGUGGCGUUUCAUUAGUCGUGACACCGUAGA